GUGGCUUCCCUCUGCGCUUGGACCGCGGCCGCGUCUGUAAAUAGCAGGCAUGAGGCUCCCCGGCGCAGUGUCCUCGCGGGCCAGUGGCGGUCAGGACGCGCCCCUCGCCUAGUGUGUGCUCAGGUAGGAGACGCUGCCCGGACGCCGCCCCAGAGCACAGAACCCAAGUCUGGUGCUCAGACACUGGACAGAAGGCAAGAUUCCUGACGGGGAUCAAGGAGUCAACGUCCUGCCCGCGCAUGAUGAAGGGGCACCUGGCUCUCACGGGCGCUCUCCUCGGCCUGGCCUUCCUGUCCCUGCUGCCCUCUGGAUGUCCCCAGCAGACUGCGGACGACGCCUGCUCCGUGCAGAUCCUCGUCCCGGGCCUCAAAGGGGAUGCAGGAGAGAAGGGAGACAAAGGCGCCCCAGGACGGCCCGGAAGAGUCGGCCCUACCGGAGAAAAAGGAGACAUGGGGGACAAAGGACAGAAAGGCAGUGUGGGUCGCCAUGGAAAGAUUGGUCCCAUUGGCUCGAAAGGUGAGAAAGGAGAUACUGGUGACAUAGGACCCCCUGGCCCUAAUGGAGAACCAGGCAUCCCGUGCGAGUGCAGCCAGCUGCGCAAGGCCAUCGGGGAGAUGGACAACCAGGUCUCCCAGCUGACCACCGAGCUGAAGUUCAUCAAGAACGCACUGCCCUCCCCCGCAGCUGUCGCCGGCGUGCGCGAGACCGACAGCAAGAUCUACCUGCUGGUGAAGGAGGAGAAGCGGUACGCGGACGCGCAGCUGUCCUGCCAGGGCCGCGGCGGCACCCUGGGCAUGCCCAAGGACGAGGCCGCCAACGGCCUCAUGGCCGCCUACGUGGCGCAGGCCGGCCUGGCGCGCGUCUUCAUCGGCAUCAACGACCUGGAGAGGGAGGGCGCCUUCGUGUACUCGGACCGCUCGCCCAUGCAGACCUUCAACAAGUGGCGCAGCGGCGAGCCCAACAACGCCUACGACGAGGAGGACUGCGUGGAGAUGGUGGCCUCGGGCGGCUGGAACGACGUGGCCUGCCACGUCACCAUGUACUUCAUGUGCGAGUUCGACAAGGAGAGCGUGUGAGCGGCCCUGGGCGCCACCCGGUCCUGCUGGCGAUGGCAGGUCCGUGGCUGUCCCUCCGCAGGAGGCUGCCAGCUCCUAACCGCGUCGCUUCCCAGGGCGCAGAGGCUCACCCAGUAAAGGGUCCCUGUCUGAGCCGCAGAGAGCGGCCUGUGCUUAAGAGGAAGAAGGAAGCGUUUCCGGGGUGCUGUUUCUGAUGAAGCCCAGUUUUAUUACCUGUAUUGUUGCCAAAAUGUUCAUUAUGUGAUUAUUGUUACUCAGAAUUGCUUUCCCAUAAAGCUCUUGCCUUUGUCCAAACUAUAAAAUAAAUCUUUAGAUAUCGCAAUAGUUAAGUACAAACAGUGGUAGCAGGGCCUUGAGUUACUGCCUUUCUUUUCAUUUCUGUAUGGAAAAGAACCCACCUAACUUUGACCAGAGUUUCUGUAAAUUAUGUUAACAUAUAGGUUCCUUUUCAUUUUUAUACAAGUAGAAAUAAUUUUGCUUCAA